AAUACUUGGAAAGAGAAAUAUAAUAAAGCCCGAGAAUAUCUCCACUCUAAACUUGAUAACCCCGAAUUAGAAGAAGAAAUUAUUAAGACAUCGAACAAAGUAGUAAUUGGAAAAACGACAGAGAAAAUAAACAAUGAACACAAGAAAGCAGCAGUUACGGCUAUUCAAAUAACUACGACUCCUGAAACUUGUAAAGAGAUCAUUUCCGAACAAAAGAAAGAUGGGCAGAUUGAAUUAAGUGAGACUAUUAAAAAAGAAUUAGACAUUCCAUCAACCGAAACUUUAGUAACCACCGUUCAAAAAUAUACUACAAAUGAAAAAUUAAAGAAACCCGAAUCAACAUCUUGGUGGACAACAGCCGUAAAUCUUAGUUAUUUAAAAAAUGCCGCUGCUCAACAUGAAGGAGAAUGGAGGGAAAAAUAUAAUAAAGCUCGUGAAUAUCUCUCUUCUCAAAUUGGAGAUGCCGAUGCUGAAAAAGAAAUUUUAGAAGCUACAGACAAUUAUGUAGUUGACAAAGCAACACAUAAAGUCAUUGAAGAUCAUAAACAAGAAGUAAUUGCCAUCGAGAAAGAGAAGAAAGAAAAGAGACAAAGCAUUCUUGAAAAUCUAACUGGUGGUUUAACCGGCUUAUAUAAAUCCGCUACUGAAGUAACUAAAAAUCUUGGAGAACACAUUGAAAAAGCUCUCACUGUCGAUGCGGAUGAACACGAUCAUCAAGAAAAAGCAGCAGCCUUAAUAGUUAUCCAAUCGAAUACCACUCCUGAAAAAACAAAAUCUAUCAUUACGGAUCAAAAAAAUGAUGGAAGCUUCGAAUUAAGUCAAACAAUAGUUAAAGAAUUAGAUGUUCCUGAAAAAGAAGUCGUAACAACAAUUCAAACAUGCACUACUAAUGAGAAACUCAAGAAACCUGAAUCCGCUUCUUGGUGGAAUACAGCAUUAACUCUCAGUUAUCUUAAGAAUGCCGCAUCUCAACACGAAGGAGAAUGGAGAGAUAAAUAUAAUAAAGCACGAGAAUAUCUUGCCUCACAAGUUGGCGAUGCGGAAGCAGAAAAAGAAUUACUUGAUACUGCAGAUAAAUACGUAGUUGAUAAUGUAACUAAGAAAGUUAUUGUUGAAAAGAAGAAAAAUGCA